UUCCCCCUCUCGGUUCGAAGUCGUUUUAUUUCUUUAUAAAGUUCAUUAUACACCCACUUAGCAAGGUUAAUGUCUACAACAUCAAUUACAUGCGACAUUUUUUUAUACGCCAAUAUGCCUCCACUAAUUCUCACAGGCUGUCUCCACUUGUCGAUGAUUUAAAUUUCCUAGACACACGCCAUUGAAAGAAUUUCUGUACACAAAAACGACACCAAUUCCCAUUAUGCAGAAAUGGUGUUGUGUAAUUACAAAAAUUUACCUUUUCCUUUUACGUUUCAUUUGAUUUCUCAAAGGAUUGCGUGCAAAAACGAAGUUUAUUUUCUUUUCCUUACGAAAAAAAAAACAAUGCAAACCAACAAGCUUAACUUAUGACUCGUUUGCUCGCUCACAAGCUCAUAAAUCUGUGUCUUAUACGACACACAAAAAAAGGCAACGACGACAACAACACAACAAUUAUUAUGUAACCACAACGUACUAACUCAGCUAACUGGAUAACAAUUCGGGGUAACCAUACUAUAACAUACAACCAGAACCGCCAUAAAAUUAUGCAGACUUCGAUGCGAUAUAACUUGCCUGCAUAUAUGAUGUACUGUUGAGUGGAGUGUGUGUAGAAAGGGUAUACAAGAAUGGUGAUGUUAGUGUUUCGUGGAAAGUUUUACUUUUUCUUGACAUGAGAUUAUUAUGCAAUAACAGGCCAUAUAAGUGGAGGAGUUGUUCUUGGCAAUCCAAACAAACGUUCAGUGUGUAUUUAGUGUGUGUUCGAGUAUGGAAGCAAACAAAACAGCGAUCGAUCAAACAUAAUAUACAUCACCGAAACAGACGACAAUAACUCAUCCACAUACGAGUUAUAAUCCGUUAAACUAUUGCUGGAAGCUCAUGUAAAAUUUAACCGAAACGAAAUUGAUAUUCAUGUCAAUGGAUUCAGUCGAUGUUUUAUGUGAAAUAAACCGGUGAAACGCGAGUCAGAUAUAUCGCUCACAUGACUCUAUAAAACAAAUACGGUUCGGUGUACAUGUCGAGCCAAGCACAUAUAUUAUAAUUGGAUGAGAACAGCGAGGCAGUGUUACCGAAAAGCGAACGUUUUGCAAUUCCAAAAACAGAAAAACGAAUUCUAUUUUUAAGACAGUGGAACAAUGUAUCAGCACGAAGACUCCGACGAGGAUGAUUACGAAGGAUACUUUCUGAAGCCGGUGAAUGGUUACAAUAUCGCUGAUCGCAUAAAGUCUGCCAAUAAAGAGUUAUUCGAAGGUGACAGUAUCGGUGAGCCGGACGAUUUCACAGAAUCGUUGCGGAAAGUGUCGUUUCGGCCGGAACCGGAUUUUGAGCCAUCCGAACCGGAGCUCGACGAGGACAGUUCAUGUGAUGAAGAGGACAUUGAAGCAAUAAAUCAGGUCCUGGACAGAAGGGACGAUAUCGUUUUGUUCGAACAGGAAGUGAUUGAGAUUGAGGGAAACGAAAUUGAAACAAACGAACAAAUGUCGAAUGGAGAUGCGGUAACUGGUGCUGAUGACGAAAUCGAAGAGAUUUGUGAGGAUAUCAACAAUGUGGAUCUGGCUGCAAGCGAUGAGUCUCCACCAAUAAACGAAAAUGAGGAAGUUGCCGAUGAGGUUCAGUCGGCGUCAGAUGCAACAUUUCUUCAAAACGACGAUGUUACAUCCAACAAAUCAUCCCCAGUACAAUCAAGAAAUUCGAAGAAUUCGAAAAAUGUGAAAUUGCAAGGAACAAAAUCAAGUUCAGCCAAAGUGAAAACGACAGAAUCAGUUCAACAUCAACAGCACCAUCGUCACCAUCACCACCAUCACAAUCAUCGACCAAACUCUUCGGUUCAUGCAAAAAAUUCAUCCGAGUCGCAGUUUUUGAAAAUUCAACUCAAUUUUAAGCCGUGCUGUGAAUACAAAUAUCUAGAGAAUGACAGACUUCCGCGAUACUGUGGAUACAUAUCGCAGUAUGGACUAAGCAAGGAACAGUUAGAAAUGCGAGAACGACGAAAGGAACGGCUUAAGGAGCGACAAUCCGAUAAGACUGCUAAGCAACUGCAAGAGGAAUCAGUGAAAUCUGAAGUGAAUGAGGAAGCGUUCGCUAGGUGGCUACAGAACAAAAUGCGUAACAGUCGAAGCAUGACCAGGAACAUGUACGAUUAUAGACCCGGUAAGCAAACGAAGAAUGGGAAGAAAAAAGUUUCCAAAUAAAUUGCUAAGAAAAUUGAGUUUUUGUGAAAAUAAAAUGAGAAAAAA